AGCUCAAAUGCAACCCAUAUGAUGGAGGUCUGUACGGAUUAAUCACAGAUUUGUUUUAGCUUGACACUUGGACUGCUUUGCACAACAGAAUGCAUUUUUCCGUUCCUGAUACGAUUGAGCGUAAAGACAAGAAUGGAUCAAAUUAUUUGGCUUACAGUGUACACAUCAACGGGUCAUUUCACUGUGGUAUUAGAUUUUCAGAUCUUUACCAAUUCAAUGAACAAUUGCGCAAAGAGUUUGGACCCAGAAUUGUAGCAAAGUUCCCUCCAAGGAAGCUUUUGUCUUUGACACCAGCACAAGUUGAAGAAAGACGAAUUCAGCUGGAGAGAUAUUUACAAUCAGUCUGUCAAGAUCCUGGUGUUGCUUCUAGCUCUUUGUUCAUCAGUUUUUUCCUUAAUGCUCAAAAGGAAUCUUUAUCUGCCUCCCCUGAGAAUGUUCAACUUGAUGUUUAUUUAAUGAAUGGACAAAAAGUUCCACUGAAGAUACAGUCCACUGACAGAACAGGUGAUGUAUUAGAGUCUUUGAUGGCAGAGAUUAAUCUCAAUGAAGACCUUGUGUACUAUUUUGGGCUUUUUCUAAUUAAAAGAGCGGAUGAUGGAGAGGCAACAAUUGUAAGAAGAUUUCAGGACUUUGAAGCUCCCUUUCUGACAAUUAAAUCAGAAACUGGAACUUGCAGAGUGGCUGUAAGAAAAACGUUAUGGGAUCCAAAGAUAGAGGACAAAAUCGUCCAGGAUAGAAUAGGAAUGAACUUGUUGUAUGUUCAGGCUGUCAGUGAUUUGGAUAGAGGCUGGACAGUUGGUCCUAAGGAAGCUCACUCAAAACUUGCAGAUCUCAAACAGAAAGGUGCCAAAGGAGAGUUUUUGCAGUUUGCCAGGUCACUAAGAUUCUAUGGCUACCUGCAGUUUAAACCCUGCACUACAAACUAUCCUGAAGAUGACACGAGGGUCAUCAUUAGUGUUGGAAACAGAGAACUAAACUUUAGACUUCAAACUCCUGGUAAUAAGAUUCAAGAAGGGAGCUUUAAGGUGACGAGAAUAAGAUGCUGGAGGAUAACGUCGUCAUGUGAAAAGAAUGAAAAUGGAGAUACGCAAGAGCAUCAGGAACUCGCAUUUGAAUACCUCAUCAAAAAAGAUGAAAUGGAGUGGAUCACAAUUUACAGUGAUGAGGCAAUUCUUAUGAGCCUUUGUCUACAAAGUAUUGUGGAUGAGAUACUUAGAAUGAAACAGGGAAGACCUGUGAAAAAGCCCAAAGAUCGUGCUAAACUCCAAAAGGAAGCUUCCCCCAACUUUGAGCGACAAAACUCUGUAACAUCAGAUGGAUCUACAGAGGGAGAUGGAGAACAAGAAAAUAAGGCUUUGAACAACUCUUUGCCUCCAUGGACAAGUCCAAAAACUCCACAGAAACAAAGUGCACCAGGCAAGAAAACAUCAAAACAGUCAUCGAACAAAGGUCAAUCACCAAAACCAGUAACUCUUCCAACGAAUAAUGCUGCCAUGACAACAAACAAAGUUUUUGAGGGAAUUGGAGAUGAUGAUCUCUGAACUCUGAUUGCUUCGAAGGUCAUGUGGCUGUGGUUAUCACUUGCGUCAUAGUUGAUAAAUUUUGGCUUUUGUAUUUAAUACCAUUGGUAAUUCAUUUCAGUGGUAAUGUGUUGUAAAAAUUUAAUUUUGGCAGUUGCAAAUUGAAAAAAAAUUGACACCAAAAUUUAUAAUUUGAUUCUUCGUCAUGCAGUAUGUAGGUGCAACCAGUGAUGCUGAAAUUUGGUGUGAGGAAAGGCAGUGAGUAUGCAUCAGGUAUGCAAAACAACUUCUUUGAUGUGUUUUGUACUAAUGCUGCCCAGAAACUAAAGGAAAAAUGAAAAAGCUGCUUAGAUUAGCAACUCAAAGGUUUUCUGAAAGACUAUUAUAAUACCAUACAAGAUAAUGUUAUUGCAUGCAUCUUGACCAUUAGCAACUAAUUAUUGUUUAAUAGCUUUUAAAAUUAUCACUUGUCAAAUGACUUAAUUAUCACAUUUCAGUGAACAGAAAUCUGAAGAUUUGUCUUAUAAAGAAAAAAACUUACAAUGAUUUUGCAUCAAAAUGAUAACAUGAUUGUGUCAAUAAUUAUUAUUAAAUUAAUAAUAAAACAAUAGGGUGUAUAUUUUUGCAGGCAUAACUAUGUUUUGGGCCCGACUCAGAGUCAUUUUAGCUGCUCUGGUUAAAAAGACUCUGAGAGGGUCCAAAACCUCUUUAUGCCCAAGAACAGAAACUGUCUAACUAUGAUUUACCAUUUGGAGGGCUUUGGGAACAUAAAAACGGAAGAAAAUUACAAAUUAAAAUAACGUGAUAAAUCACAAAACCAUGCUAGCAGGCUAAAACACAUUUUUAUCCCUCCCAAAAAAAGUGAAAAUAACAAUUAUCAAUUUAGAUUUGUUUUAACCAUUUAUCUGUUAACACAUUUUAGUUACAUUGGUUUUUACAGUAGAUAUAAAUUGAUUAUUGUAGCAUGUUAGAGAUGACAACUGAUGUUUGUUUGAUAAAAAAAAAAAACAGUGAAGUUAGCUAAUUUCAAGAUUCUGUACUUUGGAUGUUGGACAAAUUUUAUACGAGAAGGUUGAAAUUAUAUAUACAGCAUUAUGAUUAUAAUUAUUAGAGUGUGGGGUUUUCAGACGAUGUACUAAUUCAAAAUGUUUUGCACCAAACAAAUUUAUACAUGUAUGAAGCAAGUAUGAAAUAUUAGACCUGCAUAACAAGUCAGCAGUUGAGGAGAUUGUUGCAAUUCUCAUGUAUGACUGGCUGGACCAGUCAGCUACUUGCACAACUUGUUCUGGUAACUUGUAUUACAGGAAAAGAGACCCAAAACCACAUAGCAUGGCAAUCUUUUAAAGGGUGAAUGGCACCUUUAAAAAUCGCGACUUAUUCCAGGGCUAAACACUAAUAGCAGCCCACUAGCCACAGGCUGGUAGAAAUUCAGUUUUCUUUUGGCUAGGGGUUUUCAGUUUCCACUAGCCAGUUUG